AUGGACAAGGAUACAGAAAUUAUAGUCAAAGACUUCAAUAGUAUUUUGGAAGAAUUGACAUUUAAUUCAAGACCAAUAAUCACCACUCUAACGAAAAUUGCUGAAGAAAAUAUCUCAUGCGCUCAAUAUUUUGUCGAUGCCAUCGAAUCAAGAAUAGAAAAAUGUAUACCAAAGCAAAAAUUAUACGCCUUCUAUGUUCUAGAUUCCGUUUGUAAAAACACUGGUAGUCCAUACACAAUUUAUUUCAGUAGAAAUUUAUUCUCAUUAUACAAAAAGACCUACUUGUUAGUCGACAACGUAACAAGAACCAAAAUGAUCACUUUAUUCAAAUUAUGGUUAACUCCAAAUGAAUCUAUAGGUGGAUCAGCACCACUAUUCGAAAAAAAUGCUCUAGAUAAAAUUGAAAAUUUCUUAAUUAAGGCAAGUUCAUUACAUAAGAAAAACUUCGAGUCAAUGUUACCAACUCCAACUGUUCCACUAUUAUUAAGGGAAAUUGAUAAAUUAACUGCAAUAACGAAUGAAAGAUUGAAAGAUCAACCAGAUGAUCAAAAAUUACAGACAAAAUUGUUAGUCUUAGCACAAUUGAAACAAGAAUUACAAAAAGGGAAAUUAACAGUAGAAGCUUUAAAACAAGUUCAAUUACAAUUGAGACAAGUUUUUGCACAAGAUCAACAAGUCCUUCAAGAACGAUCAAGACAACAACAACAAGGCUCUACGCCGCAACCUAAUUUGUCUCUGCCUCCAGGUUCAACCGCGACAUCCACAAAUACAACAAAUAGUCCAACUCCAAACUUACUUUCAAUGACAGGUAGUAAUGAUCCAAAUAAUAAUAAUGCAGACUCGAAUUCCUUACCAGUACCGAUACCGUCGGAAAGUGGUCUUACUUCGUCUUUGUUUGGAAACAUCUCUAAAAUUGUGGCUCCUAAAAGUUUUACUGAUCUACAGAACACAAAUAAGAUAGCACGUCUAGAAGAAUUGUAUAAAUCAUUGAAUCAUGUAGGUUUGAUUUUCACACCACCAAAAAAUUCAAUCGUAACACUUUAUGAUAAGCUAUCAGAACAAAAUAACAAAAAUGGAUUAAAUAAUGAGUUAGAUGGUUCAUCACACAAUAAUAACCUUCCGUCAAUACCAUUACUACAAAACGUUUUAAAUGAUUGUAAGGCAUUUUUUGCUUCAAGUAAUGUCAAUAUUUUAAAUACCCCAACUUUGCAAUUUAAUCAAUCAAAUAUAACAAACGAAAAUAAUCAAAUUGUGAAAAAUAACCUUGUUCACCUCUUAUAUAGAGCUAAACCAAAUAAAUGUAGUACAUGUGGUAAAAGAUUCGGUAAUUCAAACGAAGAGAAAAGAUCACAAAGUUAUCACCUCGAUUGGCAUUUCAGAAUCAACAAGAGAAUUAAAGGAACGACAGCAACUAGUAAUACUACAGGGGGGGCAACGACCACCUCUACUGCCAAAAAUAUUCAAUCAAGAAAUUGGUAUUUGCAUGAUACUCAAUGGGUUAAAUUUAAUGAUGAUGAAAUCGUUUCAUUGAAGAGUUCCUCUAACAAACAACAGGAUAAAUUUCAAAAGACAACAGCUAAUAUUGACAUUCAUUCACAAGCAAAUAUACCAGGAGAAAAUAACGGUAAUACUCAACUUUCAAAUAUGGUCAACUUAUUGAAUUCAAACAGUACGAAUAAUAACGGUAGUAGUAAUGCACCAUAUGCAUUUAGUUCAAUGGGCGUAUCCCUUGGUGAAACUGAUUUGGAAAAGAAAUUCGUCAUUGUCCCAGAAUCGACUCAAGAUAUGACAUUCCAAUGUUCUAUUUGUAAAGAAUCUGUUAACGCUAUUUAUGAUGACGAUCUUGGUGAAUGGGUAUGGAGAAAUACAAUGGAAGUAGCAGGUAAAAAGUACCAUGCCACCUGUUAUUAUGAAACCAUGAAAAAUAAUAACAAUGCUCAGUAG